AUGCCAAAGAAGCAGGCGGAGGUCGACGAGAAUCCUUCGAAGGCCGGCCGGCAAGCAAAACGCCAGGCUGCUGAUGCUGCGGAUAAUGGCGCCGGCCCUACCAGCGAGGCCCCGGCUGCCAAGCGGCCACGCGGUCGACCACGCAAGGCCGUGGCUGCAGAGCCGCUAGCGCCGAAGCCGGUUGCGACCACCAAGGAGGCUCGCAAAUCACGGAAAAAAGAAGGUGCCGCGGAGCCCGCCACCGAAAACCCGUCGACCAGCAAGGCUGCGACCAAAGCCCCGAGAACGGGCCGCAAGAAGGGCUCGAGGAGCCCCCCUCGUAGGAGCGCCAGCGAUGCGGCUAGCGAGGCUCCGAAACGCCGCAGGGCAAGCAGAAAGGUGAGCCACGGCCGAUCACGGAGCUCGUCCCGCAGUCGCCAUGGCGGACGCGCGCACGAACACCGUAGCCGCGAGAGCUUGGCGACGCAGUCCGCGAGAACCCACGAGAAAAAGAAGAGGCGCCGAGAGAGCCGCCGCCGCGCCCGGUCUGUCUCUUCAUCCUCGGCCACAAGCUCGAAUCGGCACGGGAAGCGUCGCCACGCGCACAGCCACGCCUCCUCGGGCCGCGGAGGAAGGCGCGCCAAGGCAAGGAGGAAGGCUUCGAGCAGUGGAUCGACAACGAGGCUGCCCGCAAGGAGGCUGAAGAGAAAGUAG